AUGACACUACUCAUGAAGAAGGAUUCAGACGGUCCACAUUCCGACCCAGUCAGCCAGCAGGACACCCCGCUCUCGUCUGGCUCGCAGCCUCCAACGGAUGGCGAUCAUAUCUUAUUGCGUGAAGAAGACCUGUCGCUUGAUAACCGGAGAAAAAAUGAUGAACGAAGGGCCAUCUUAAAGCUCGAUCUGAUCGUAUUGCCCUUGAUUGUGAUGUUUUAUUUCUUCUCGUCUCUGGACCGGUCCAAUAUCGGAAAUGCUCGAGUGGCGGGUCUACAGACAGCCCUGAAACUCUCGGAUCACCAGUAUUCCGUAGCACUAACUAGCACAUUCAUCACCUAUGUCUUGGUCAAAGUCCCAGCGAACCUGGUCCUCAAAAGGAUCGGCGCCCAUAUCUUCUUGCCCAUGAUCAGUUGUGCAUGGGGUCUGGUGACGUUCUGUCAAGGCUUUACCACCAAUUUCGGCGGGCUCGUAGUAGCACGGUUGUUUAUGGGAUUGGCCGAAGGAGGAUUGUAUCCCGCGAUUCUACUCUACUUGAGUCACUCUUACAGCCGGGAUCAGCUUCAAAUGAGGAUAGCGAUUUUUUAUUCCUCCGCCUCAUUGUCGGGUAGUUUCUCCGGUCUUCUGGCGUAUGGUAUAUUGCACUUGCAUGAGACUUGGGGCAAACCAGCUUGGGCCUGGCUAUUUUUUAUCGAGGGCGCGGCGACGAUGAUUUUUGCGACGAUGGCCGCAUUCAUCUUUCCCGCUUCGAUAAGCACCAAUCGGCUUUUGAGUGACCGAGAAAAACAGAUCCUUACAGAUCGUUUGGCUCGCAAGUCGCCCUCCACCCUCGACCCAAACGAAAAAUUCAAACUCUCUGAGGUCCUGGCAGCCAUCAAAAGUCCACAUGUGAUCAUCUUAACAGUCACCCAAUUCAUGAGCGGAACGGCCGCGUACAGCGUGACCUACUUCACCCCCACCAUUGUCCACUCUCUCGGUUACUCUCCUGCUCGAACCCAACUUAUGACCUCGCCGCCGUUUGCUGUGGCCUUUGUUGUUAUGUUGGCCGGGGGUUAUUUCUCGGAUCGCUGCCACGCGAGGGCGUUGACAGCUGGAGUAAGCGCUGCUGUUGCGUUUAUUGGCUUUAUGCUUUUUUUGCUGCUGGAUCCCGCACACACCCAUGCGAAGUAUGGCUCGCUCUUCCUCGCGAUCCCUGGCGUUUUCUCCCUCAUACCUCCGAUCGGGGCCUGGGCGGCUAACAACAGUGAUGGUCAUUAUCGGAGAGCAACUGCGAUUGCCUUUUCCUAUUCGACUUCCACAGUUGGAGGUAUACUCAGUACUUGGCUGUUCCCUCAUUCACAAGCUCCGAGAUUUCGCCCGGGUAUCAUCGUUAAUCUCGUAUGCUGUGCCGGGAUCCUACUGGGAGUGAUAAUCAACUACAUCUGGCUUCGUUAUGCGAACCAUUACAAGAGUACCCAUCGGAGUCAGAUUUUGGAGCCUUAUGAUCCCCACGGCCAUGGCCUCGAACCCAACUCUCCAGAACAUCUGAGGGCGUGGACCGAAUUGGGCGACAAACAUCCAGAUUUCAAAUAUGUCUAUUGA